ACUGUGGCAACGGAGGACGCGGCCGGUGCCGGGUGACGGUUGCAGGCGGCGGUUGCAGGCGGCGGUAAGCUAUGGAUAUGGAUAUAGAUAGUAUUUCCUCAGUCUCUUCUCUGCAGUCCCUUGCCAAGCUACUUAGUGAUGCUCAAGAAGAAGAUGACGACGACGACGACGGGCCACGCUGUUCUGUUAGUGCCAUGGCUCCUGGUAAUAUUGGACCAGUAAAGAAAGAGACCACUGUUACAGGUACUUUUCAAGUGAAAUCUGAAAAUAGUAAAAUGAUUUGGAAUACAGAGGAAGUCCCAGAAGGAUCAGAAUUUGAUGAUACCUGGGAUCCUAGGGAACAGCCAGAGUAUGAGAUUUUAUUCAAACAGCGAGUGGGAACAGAGGACGUCUUCUUAGGGAUGAGCAGGAAAGACCCUUCCACAGCCUGCUGUGAAGACAUGGUGAUUAAAAUCAAACUGCCAGAGACAAAGUUCUCGGACAUCACUUUAGACAUCCAGGACAAGGUUCUUGACCUUCGAACCCCACAAAAGAAGCUGUUGCUGCACCUCCCCCACCCUGUGGACAGCAGGAAUGGAAAAGCUCAUUUCCUCUCCGAAGAGGAGAUCUUGGAAGUCACCUUGAGGAUGACAAGGGAGUUUGACUUCAUCAAUUUCGCCUGAUGGAUAGAGAAGUGGGGAAAAUUUUCAAAAAGUGACCCCUGAACUUUUGAAGUCUUCUCAGGAUCUAACUGGUCAUCAAACAGUAGAUUGUUCCCCUUGAACAGUCCAGGGGGAAAAUCCCUGGAGAAAUUAAAUGAGUUAGGAGGAACGAAAGAGAAAGGAAAAGAUGUAUUUAGAACACCCAUAGAAUCUGUAGGCUGGGGCUGUCCAGCUCUUGCGCUGCUCUAGUUAACGUUCCGCCUCCUUCAGUCUGAUACAGGCCUGUGAAUCAGGCAAUUGGAGAUCACAAAUUCUGUAAGCCAGGAAAAGUCUUUCAGUGGCUGUGUCUGAUAAGUAGCACAAUGAGGCUCUGGCCCAUGACUGUGUUUCUUAGUUACUAUUGCCAGAUUGCAAGUGAUAAUAUUCCUGCUUGGCCUCCUAUUAGAGAAGCUGAGAACAAGGCCAGUUCAGAACUCACUUUUAGCUACUCUUAGGUGAGGAGCUCUACACUUUCCAGGGCUCCAUUUCCACACCUGAGUCUCCUUUACACUGGCAGAAGAAGAUACCCUGCUAUAGUUAGACUGUUGAACAGCUCAGCUCUUUUGAACGAUUUUUGGCAAUGUGUGGUUCAGUGUCAUCUAUUCACCUGCUAUCCCUCCAGCUAUUCUUCUGAUCUUUCUUAAUUAAUAAAAGUGUGUGUUCUAAUGAACUGUUCUAGUUAGCUUCAACUCUCCCUUCUCUGCAGUAUGUUCUGAGAGACUUUCUAGAAGUGAGAUAAGAGAACUUGGAAUAACAAAGCAUCAUUUUCUUAAAUGGCUGAAGCAUGGCAGAAGCUUUUCUAUGGCCUUCAGGUCUAAUCUAGAGCCACACAGGUGGGUAAUAAAGAUUCUCUUUUACUAGCUGCUGGGCUAAUACAUUCAUUUAACAUUUUGUCAGUCAUACAGGAAGCAAAUAGAUAUCUGCUCAAUGAUCAAAGUAGAAAGGACAAGCAGGGCUUGUGCUUUGAUGCUUUAAGUAUGCUUAUCCAAGAUCUUCGAGGCCUCUUGAUAGUCCGCCAGUGCCAGUAAAAAUGAGGGCAGGAAAGGACCAGGUGCCUUUGCAGAUCUUGUCCACACAGUGGCUUUAGUUUCACUUCUGGGGAUUUUUUCUGAUACAUCUACCAAAUCCUAGAUCAUUCUUGCUUAAAGCACUGAAGACUAGGCCAAAUUCCUUCGCACACCAAAAUCCCAGGAGGAGAGGGAGAGCAGCGUAAAACAAACACCCAGAAGAGAGGCUUGCUGUGGCCUCAGCCUGAGCUGCACAUCAUGUCCCCCUCGAGUCUUCCAGGUCAAGCAGGAUUUUUUCUUUCUUUUUUUUUUUUUUUUUUUUUUUUUUUUACAAAAUGUACCUGAGACUUGAACAGUGGGCAUUGCACCACUGUUCUUGUUCCUAACGCCUGAGGACACAAAAUGCAUUUGUGCAGUAGUUGGCGGCAGCAGCACCCCUUGUCCAGUGGUGCCCUGCAUUCCCACGGGGCACUGAAGAUAGAGCAAGAAAAGAGGGUUCAGGGAGGUUCUUUGCCAUUCCUGAGCAGUAUUUGAUAUCAUGACUAGAGAAUGGGUAUCACCUCAUUCCAGAACAACUCCACGGUCACCUUAAACCAGCCUUUUUCCUAGUUGCAAAAAUCCCUUUAAGGCCAACAUUUAUGGAAGUUUUUCAAAUCUUUUUCUUCAUCAGCACUGGCUCCUCUUCUCUUUAUUGAUCUCAGCAGGAAUCCUCAGAUGACUGCAGACAAUAUUAUCCCUUAUCCCUUCUUCUUAAUGUCAUUUCUUUUACAGACGCUUACUGUAGAAACAGUUGUCAGACAGGAAAGAAUAGAAGAGCUGAAAGGCUCGGUAUCACAUUGCAAGUCCCUGGAUACCUCAUUUUAAUUUCUGGCAAUGGUUUCCUUCAGGUUUGAGUAGAUCCAGAAAGUUUUGUUUACCUAACACAUACACAUGCUUGUUCUCCAGCGGCUUAGCAAAAAACUAAAUAUUGAAACUCUUCAGAUAUUGUUCCAAAAAUUCUAUUCAGUUAUUACUUCUAUACAACACCUAACUAAAAAAAAAAAAAAAAAAAAAGAAAGAAAAAGUUUAAGUAGAACUGAUUCAGUUGUUUUAAAGUACUGGGUUUUGUGCAGAGAAACAUCAAAUCAACCCCGAGGGCACAGCUAUACUAGGAUCAUUUUGACACUAUUUCUACAGCAGCAUUUUCUUCCCCAAAGUAAACUAUACAAGAGAGAAAACGUUGCACACAGGUCUCCCCAAUAGACGUGGCCAGCAGGGCUGAAUUAAUCAAGGCAGGAAGACUGCAACGUCCAGUGUCACUAGCCCAGAAAAAGCCCUCAGAAGAAAGGCCAAAAGUUGAAUAAAACGGAGCUUUGAACGAUAGGCAGGCUCUUUCAGAUUCGACGCCGACAAACAAUAAUCAAAACCCAGUCUGCAAAUUGUUUCACGACAUCACCUUGACAGCUAAACAUCUGUCCAAAGGGUCAUUCAAAUGACAGAAACUCCCAUGCGAGUUUCAGGAAAACAUCCUCUUGCUGUAAGAGAACUGUUCAGUCUAAUCUCAAUGUCCUGAUUUCCAAACAUCUCAUUCCUGAGUUUAAAUAUUAAAUAUUUAAUUGAAAAUAGUUGCUCAUUCUAACAUACCAAGAGUGUGAGGACAUUUUUAAGGCAAUGUUUUUUUCAAUUCUGUAUUGUGAAUUCUUUGCCACCAGGCGGAAGUGCAGCAACACAGCUCAUCACAGGUCGGAUUUUUCUUUCCCCAAGACAUCCAGUUUCAGAGCACCUUCAAAACUGUUACUAAAUAUUUAGUGUCAGGUGUAUUUCUUUAUUUGUCCACUUUUCAGUUUGUCUCAGUUCAGGUUUCGCAACCUUGCCUUCUAAAUCCUAUCCAUCUAACCAUGCAAGUGCAUCUAGAGACUGAUACUUGAGUAUGUAAGACUCUACUACUAUUGCUUUCUAUGAAGAUUUCCUCUGUGCAAGGAAAUGAUUGCUGCCAUAUGCCUAUCCGAUGAUGCCAAAAUCUCUUGUCGUAAUUCACCAUUUCCAGUGUUGGCUUCCAGCCUCAUCGGCUUUCUUAGUAAUAAGGUGUGUACAUAGUCGUAGUUUAAGAGAGAAGAAUCAGGUGGGUCUGUGCGUGUCUAGAUGAAAAAGUACGUAUGUAUGUAUGCAGCUAUACUGCCAUCUGGCAGUAUUUGGGAAUGAUGACACACAGGCAACUGUGGGACUCAGGAUGGCGCGGCCCAUGGAAGAGGGGUUUGCGCUGGGGUGCUCCCCAAGAGUUAAGGAACCCCGGUGCACCAUGGCCGGAGUCACCACACUGUGGGGUUGCUGUAGCCCUCCAGCGACCCCUGAGUGCUGAGCAAACCUAGUCAGCAAAGGAGAAGUGACACUGCAGACUCGCCCUGUAAGCCUCUGGGUAGCGUGGAACUGGGUUAUCUGUUGAGUACGCAUACUGUUGGGUGUUGAACAUGCGUACUGUUAUCUGUUGCCCAGCCUCUUGACCACACUGUUAUUGGCUGAGGCCGUCGGUUCUGCUGUGUAACUGUGGUCUGGCACUGUUCGAAUGGGCAAGGAACUAAGCCCGGGAAGGAUAAAAGAGAGUAAGCUACCUACCUCUGUGUGGACUCAGACUCGCCCUCAGUUGGCCUGCAGACCAGACAACUCACCGAUCAGCGGGGACGCCACUGAUGGCGACCGCCAGGGAGAACCUGAAUCAUCCCGGCACAGCCCGAGCGUGGUGAGAAGAGUCUGGGGAAAACUGUACCGGAGGGGUGGCCCGUAAGUACAAGGAAAGGGUGAGAAUGGUCACUGUACCGCGCAUCCGAGAAAAGUCACUGUACUGAGCAUCCGUGGCUUAACCAGGGAGCUCUAAUAUGUGUAUUCUAUUUUCAGUUCUAUUGUAUUUCUAGCUUUACUAUUCAGCUUUGUUAUACUUGUA